CCCACUCGAGAUUGAUCUGAUAAAGACCUGACAGCCGUUGCGUUUAUCUGAUAAUCUUUUCCAUCUCAUCUCAUCUUAUCAUCGGUUUGUUACAACAAGUCCUUGAGAGUGAACAUGGAGUCGAAAGAGCUCAAGACAGAGACAAUCGCUCCCGUGUCUGACCAAUCGGACAGUGGGAGCGAUGACCAUGGAAAGAAGCCUGUGCCUUUGAGCAUGAAGAUCUUAUCUGUCGUCAUCGUUAGUAUGAUUGGCUUUGGAGGUCAUUGGAGUAGUGGAGUCACUGGUGCUUUGAAGAGUACCCUCAAGAAGGAACUUCACAUCACAAAUACUCAAUAUGCUGUUCUUGAUACAAGUGAGAACUUUAUCAAGACCGCUCUCAUCCUCGUCAGUGGUAUUCUCACAGAUCGAUAUGGCGGAGCUAGCACCAUGCUCUGGGGCAACGCCGUCUUCUCCAUCGGCGCCAUCCUCGUCGCAGCAGCAACCCAAGUCCGCUCCUACAAAUUCAUGAUCGGCGGCAUCGUGAUCCAAGCCCUCGGCGACGUCGCAACCCAACUCGGCAUUGGAAAGAUCGGUUCCUUCGUCGGAAAAGCCACCGCCAACGUCAUAGCUGACAAUCUCGGUGAUUUCAGCUGGGCGUACUGGAUGGCUGUGUUCAUGAACCUUUUUACAAACGUUGCUACUUUGUUCUUUUGGUGGUUUACUAAGUGGUGUGAGAAGAGAUAUGCGGGGACGAGGGAUCCUGCGACGGGGGAGAAGUUGACGGAGAAUAAUAAGAGGUUUGAGAUUGGGAAGAUGCUAACCCUGCCUUGGUCGUUUUGGCUGGUUUGCUUGUUCUCGCUGUUUCAGACGUCGACGGCGAAUGUGUUUUCUACGAAUAGCACUGAGUUGGCGGAGCAGCGUUUCAAGAUCUCGGCUGUCAAGGCGGGUUGGUACUCUUCUAUGUCGCAGUACCUUGGCUUCUUCUUUGUGCCGCUAGUCGGUAUCUUUGUGGACAUGCUUGGACAGCGUCUUACAAUCAUGCUCGUCUGUGGACUAGGUAUGCUCUUGUCUAUGUGUCUUGUGGCCUGGGGACCUACUGUGUCUGGUACAGCUGCCAGCUUUGGUAUCUUUGCUGUCGCCAGUUCCUUCGGACCUACAGUCAUCAUCGACAGCAUCCGCACAAGCAUGUGGUAUCAAGAAGUCUUCGGCUCAGGCUACGCCAUCAAAAUCGCCAUCAACAACAGCAUGACCAUAAUCGUCAGUCUCAUCGCGGGCGUUCUCCAAGACCGCGACGAGAACAACUAUGACAACGUCACCAUUCUCUACGUAACACUAGCAGCUGGUUCCGUCGUCGUCGCAAGUAUCAUGCUUGCUCUUGGCUUCUCAACAGAUUUCAUCGGACAAUUGCAGUGGAGUCGCAAGAAGAGAGUUGAGAACGGACACAUCAUCAACGCCAAGAAGCAAGAGUUUGAGAGUGACGGUCACGCAGAGAAGCACAGAAAGUUGGGUAUUAUCAACUUUUCUGCCGUCAUAUUGCUUAUUCUUGGCGCGUGGGUGGCUUACUUUUGGGGCUUGGCUACCAAGAAUACUUAUUAGUGAUGACGAAAAGUCUGGGGAAGGGAUCGUCUGAAAAGCUGGGGGAUCGGCAUGCCUGAAUUAGCUUAAGAGAAUUAAUGUUUGAUGAAGGGUCUGACUUGAUGAUCUGUGGCUUGUGAUGUAACUGGUUGUGACCGAUGGAUUAUCGUGUGAUGUAAUUGUAUGCA